AUGAAGCUGAUCAUAAGCUUCAUCGUUGUUUGUGCUGCAGUGUACGCAAACGCCAACCAGGAAACAGCGUCCGGAGAUGGAACUCUGGGAAACGACCCGAAGGCGCUGCAGGCCAAGUUUGAUUUAAUCGACCGUAAGUUGUUGGAACUGCAGGUUGAACUGAAGAACCAGCGCGAGGAAGUCGCUAGGAACUUCAGUUUGCUCCAGGAUUGUGUCACGCCAACAGCGCCAUCAACCCAGAUCACCUCAACAACACCGAACCCUAAGGGACCAAGAUCGUGCAAAGAGGUGGCGUCGAAUGUCUCCGGAGUGCAUCUCAUCUACGUUGAUAACAAUGAUGCCCCAUUUCAAGUCUACUGUGAGAUGGAAAAGAAUGGAGGAGGUUGGUUGGUAGUGCAGCAUCGUUUUAACGGAUCGGUCGAUUUUUAUCGUACCUGGGAUGAAUACCGCGAAGGAUUUGGAGACCUCAACGGUGAAUUCUGGCUGGGCCUAGAAAAGAUGCAUCAGAUCACCGCGUCGCGCAACCACGAGUUGAUAGUAGAGCUAAAGGAUUUCAACAACAAAAACAAAAAAGCACGCUAUUACGGGUUCCAAAUAGGUAGCGAAAGUGAGGGAUACAAGCUAAAGACCUUGGGAGAUUAUAGGGGAGAUGCAGGUGACACAAUGAAGUGCGCUGGACCACAGUUCCGAAUCGAUCAGCAAUCGACGUGUAGUCCGAAAAUGAAGCUGACCAUUGGCUUCAUCGUUGUUUGUGCUGCAUUGUACGCAGGGACAGCUAACAAAUGCCCAGAACAAAUCGCCGACGCCAUCGUAGAGACACCGCCUGGAGAUGGAAUUCUCGGACAAGUGCUGGAAGUGCUGCUAGCCAGGUUUGAUUUCAUUGACCGUAAGUUAUUGGAACUGCAGGUUGAAGUCACCGAGCAUCGCGAGGAAUCGGAGAGAAAUCGUUUCUUCAACGAUAAAACGUUCGCCGACUUAAUCUGGACGAUCUACCGUCUAGAGCAGGACGUCGGAAGGAACUUCAGUGUGCUCCAGGAUCAUUCCCUGAUCAUCCUUGACCAACAGAAAUCGUGUGCAAACCAUGACCGGCUGCGCGAGAAGUUGUUGGACUACCGCCCGAAGCAGAACAACUCAUCCUACGAUCCCCUGAAACGAAUUUUGCUCUCCUUCAAAUCGCGCAUCCCGGAUUGUGUUACGCCAUCUACAUUGCCACCUUCUGAGAUAGAAAGCACCGCAGCAACAACGGUAACAGAAUCAACAACAACAUUUAAACCUAAGCAACCCGCGUCGUGCAAGGAGGUGACAUCGAAUGUCUCCGGAGUGCAUUUCAUCCACGUUGAUAACAAUAGUGACCCUUUCCAAGUUUACUGUGAGAUGGAAAAGCAUGGAGGAGGUUGGCUGGUAGUGCAGCAUCGUUUUAACGGAUCGGUCGAUUUUUAUCGUACCUGGGAUGAAUACCGGGAAGGAUUUGGAGACCUCAACGGUGAAUUCUGGCUCGGACUAGAAAAGAUGCACCAGAUCACCGCGUCGCGUAAUCAUGAAUUAAUGGUAGAGAUAAGAGAUUUCAGCGGAGACUACGGAUAUGCACGCUAUAACGGAUUUCAAAUAGGUAGCGAGAGUGAGGCAUACAAGCUAAAGACCUUGGGAGAUUAUAGUGGCACUGCAGGUGACUCAAUGACCGAGACCAAUAAAGGAAUGAAGUUCUCCACCAAAGAUAGGGAUAAUGAUGAGUCUCGUUACAGUUGUGCUCAAGACAGGCAAGGCGCUUGGUGGUACGAGCAUUGUAGUAAUACGAAUUUGAACGGAGUGUACCAAAACAACAUAGGCUAUGAAACAAUGAAUUGGCAUCAUUUCAAAAACGAUUAUAACGGGUUGAGGUUCUCCAGGAUGAUGAUCCGCGAAUUAUAAUAAAGGUGUUGGUAAC